AAAAAAUUAGAAAAAAUUGAAUGAUAUAAUUUACUCCUAUAUACUUUCAAUUUUGCAGGUGUUUAUUAAUCUUAAUCUGAUUGGAGAAAUGAUAUUUUCAUAUAAGAAAUAACUAAAAAAUUUUUUAAAUAUAAAUUUAUCAUAAAGGAUGUUUUAUUGUUAUUAGCAAACAGACUUCGUAACAAAAAAGAAAAAAGUAAGUAAGAAAAGUAAAGAAAAGAAUUCGGCUCUUGAAAUAGAAAGUAAAAUUAAGAUGGAAGAGGGGAAAAUUUACCAUGAAAAGCAAAAAAUGCUUUUUUGUGCUAAACAUGCCUUAAAUAACCUUUAUUAAGCUAAAAAAUUUACAAGCAAAGAUUUAGAUGAUAUUUGCGAUUAGUUAACAAAAACUAAAUAUCUUAUUUACAACCCUCAUAGAAAUAUAUUUAAGCUAGGAAAUUAUGAUAUCAAUGUUAUAGAUAAGGCACUUUAAAAUAAUGGUCAUACAAUUUAGUGGUUUGAUAUGAGAAAAGAUGUGAAAGAAUUAAACCUUUUAGAAUAAAAGAAUGAUAUUUUUGGCUUAAUUUUAAAUGUUUAGUAUAAAAACACUUUUGAUAAAAUAAUAGGAUGCAAUACUCAUCAUUGGCUCACUAUAAAAGUAAUAAAUAAUGAGAUUUAUAACUUAGAUUCUAAAUAAAAUGCAGCUUAAAUAAUGUCAAAUGAUGAUUUAUAUGACUUUUUGUUAGAAGUAAAGAAAAAUAAUGGUUAAAUUUUAAUUGUCAGAAAAGUAGAUUAUGAUUAACAAAUAAAUUAAGAUAUUAAUGAGAACAAAAAUGAAAUUAUUCAAGGAAAAGAAGAAUUAAGCAAUGAUAUUGCUAAAAAUAAUUGAAAUUUCUACCUCCCAUCUUAUAGUAUAACUAAGUAAAUUAAUUUCAAAAACCAAUUAAUUCUUUAUGCUCUGAAAAAUUAUAAUUAAUAACCACCAUGAAAAUAAUCUCAUUUAUUGAUUAACUCCUCAUUGACUAUUGACUGAUCAUAAAUUUAUAUAGAAAAUUUUAAUAUCAGAGUGUAUUUUUUGUAAAACUAAUUAACUUUUGAGUGAAAUAUGAUUAGAUGUGUGUAUUCUUUUGCAAAUUUUUAAAUUAAAUUUUUUC